AUGGAAACCCUCCUUGGGCCGUUUGGGAAAAUAGCUGGCUAUCCGGUUGUUGCCUGUAAGUACUGCUGCAUUGGCAUACUCGCAAGUUCUGGUCUGGGCCACAUCUCCAGCAGCCACGAUGCUCUGUACUCCAAACAUGACGCUGUACGCAUAGGAUGGGCUCUGUCAGCUUUUGGAGAAAAGCGAAAUCUGGUGCGGACGGCAGAGGGUGCUCGUGACGCAAGCAACAUGCCUCACGCCGUACCUGAGAUCCCAGAGCUUGGCAGCCCUGGUCGUGACGGGCUAGGUUGUCGUUACUGCAACAUCGUGUUGGCUGGAACAUUUGCGGCAACCUCCAUGGCCAGGCACCUGAAGACAAGUCACGAAGAUCGCUUGCAGUCCACAAUAGAAGGAGAGUCGACAUAUCUGGGACACUAUGACACGGACGUGCCUUAUCAGAAGAUGUUCCGAAGCGGCGCGGGCUCGAGGCCGUUCCGCGUUAUUCUAUCCACUGGUGCAGGUCGCAGCAAUGCAUCUACGACGCCAGCGUGCGUGUCGCCCGAUACAGAGGAACGUACAGCUAACGAGUGGUUGCGACGGGACUCGUGGUCGCGGUACCACUCGGACAUGUCUCCGGACGCCGUUCGUGCCCUCAGUGAUCCUCCAGGAAUAAGCGAGACGCAGCUCUCCAAGGCUGUAAACCUGUCGGUGGGUGUUAUGCCGUGGCUGUUUGCCCGUGUUUCGCUAGACGAAGACUUGGCAUCCGCGUGCAGCCUCGCUGCAGAGCACGCCGAUGCCGAGUGCUUCCCGGCCAGCUGGCGGUCGCCAACAUCGAAAACCCAGCACAUGCACGCUCAGCUGCUGGGGCAUCUCGUGCUUCAUUUUGGGCGCAAGGUGAGGCUAGGGGAGGGGAAACGUGGGCGCUGGCAACCAACGGCGUUGCAGACUGAAGCGUUCACGAGGCUGCUACAGCAGGCAUCUACUAUCGGGGCUACGGAGGAAGGGUGCCUCCUACACGCGCACAGUCUCGAUGAUCCAGUGACGAGGGCGAUUGUCGAGUUGACCGUGGCUUCCAUGAGCCAGGAGUUGCCUGAAGGCGAGCCACUGUCGGUCGUUCACUCUACCCUCGCCACCUUGGCAUUGGGCAGUAACGACGAAGUUUGGAAGCCUGGACUUUCUCUGGUGCCCCUGAUUGCAGGUUUCCUCUCCAUCGGCCGCCUUGCGAUCCUGACGUACCGCGAUAUGGUAGACGACACUCACAAGCACAGCCUCGCCGACGUCGACUAUUGCUGUUCACCAAACGCAAUGCAGCAGGGCGUCGGUGCUGGUACGACGAUGCGGUGGCUGGAGGAUGUCACCAACGAUGACGGACGGGCUGCUGUGGACUACUGCGAGCCCUCCUCCGAGCUGCAUUGGGAAGGCGAAACUGUAUUUGUCGACGGCAGGCCCUUUUCUGGGCGUUGUAUACGGAGUAUGGCGCAAGCGCUCGUGGAUCGGGUGGAACAGGCGAUGGCCGACCUCCUGCAACUGUCAGGCCCACAAUGUCUUCGACCUGGAUCGGAUAGAUGUACUUGCACCUCCUGCGACCUUCCACCGAUCCCCUGGGAUGACAUAGUGGACGACAGCAACGACGAAUCUCCCCAAGACAGUACAUUCAUAGACCACUCCGAAUGGAGAAGGCAAGGGUGUGGACUUCGUGCGCAACGUGACUGGUUAUCGCGUAGGAUAUCCAACGACCACACGUUGCGGGAGCGGUGGUAUGGAGGAGCCGGUGUGGCGUACUGUCUGCUGUCUAUUCGCAGCUACGCAGCCUUGAUUGACGCUUUCCUCUGCCAACUCGUGGCCUGCUUUUACUUCCUUGGAGGGCCGCCGCCGGACCCGGAAGAGCUGGCGUCCUGCCGCUGGCGAGACGGUCCCCAUGUCGCGCGUAAUAUCGAAGUUCGCGACGGUCUCGUCUACCUGCUCCUCGACGAAGGCUACGAGUACGAGACCUCACCGAGGGCCAGAGUCUUACCCCCGAGGGUAGCUUGUUGCUUGGUAUGGUACAUUUGGCUUGUCGUCCCAUUCGAGGAAGAAUUGGCAGCGUCUCUUGGCGACACUGCUCGCAGCAGCCCCUUCCUCUUUACGCAUUCACGACUGUCGGGUCUCGGCAGCGACAACAGAGACGAGCUCCUGUCACCUAGCGGCAGGGGGUCGCAUGGAGGGGCGGGCAAUCCAUGUGAAGGCAAAAACCACGAUGGGCGCGUGUUGUGUUGCCCUUGCGUACCGAGCGCUCGACCGGUUGCGACAGGCAUGUGCUCGUGGAAGUAUCCCGAUCCUUACAUCGAGGUUGAGGAUUUCCCCAUGGCCUCUUCGACUUCGGCCGUGGCUUCACCAGCCCACGGGGAUGGAGAUCUGGCGAUCGAUGUUGCCCUCGGUAAACUGAUAAACGUCAAGGCACUAUCGAGUUCGUCGCUACUAAUGCAUGGGCAGCAAACUCUUGCCGACUACCACGGCGUUUGGAAAGGGAACGAUAUCCGGAGACUCGUGGCCCAUGUACUGUCCCGUCACAUAUACCCACGAACGGGAGUACGGUGCUGGAAGCUUGUGGCGAACGCCAUGGCGAGUCGCUUCCUUGGCCGACACGGUGCUGGAGCCUCGCCACCGCAAACAUGGCUUGAGAUUGGCAGCUGCGGACUCUCCGGCGUAAAGUACUGUCGGUGGAGACACGGUGGGCGCUCCCUCCUCGGUACUCGAAUUGUGUCCCUCCUGGACGACUGCCACCGAUGGCACGUCCUGCUCGGCGUGUGUCGUGUUGGGGCGGAGGGGCAUCUCCCCUGCAGCCUUGAUGAAGCGCCUGAGGGCGACGGGGAGUACCGCAUGGGUGGUGGCGGAGACGUACUUCGCACAGAGGAUGCUUGGCCUACUUGUCCUGGCCGACCUGUUGAGGGGUAUAGACCACUGCGCUUCCUCCCAGAACCCGUCGGGUCUGGACAGAUCGACGAUGCGUAUGCACACUCGCAGCUCACGAACGAGACGGCGGACAGCUCGACAGCGCUAGACAAUACGGUCGCAAGGGCAUCGUCCCCCUCGAGAGGCGACCCGCGCACUAUCGCUACGGAAGGGCCUCUGUACUCCCCCAGGACGAUGUGGGAAGCUUUGUCACCUGUUGCCGAAGCAGCUGAGUCAUACUCAUACAUCGAGGACCUGUUGGCGGUGCCUGACCCAGCAUCGUCGUUCGCCUCGGCGGACGACGAUCUAAUACAACAGAGGCUCGAGGAUGUGCCUCCACGGCGAGACUCAACCAUGGCUUCAUCAACUAGACCCAGCACGGAACCUCCAGUCGCUCUGGCUGGCGACGCAGAGAAGCCCCAAGACCUGGACCUGCCCAACGAACCGAGUCCCGUUGAUUGUGUCGACCUCCCCAGUAUGCCUUGCUUCAGAGAGGGUCGGGGGACCAAAAGGCCACGUCCAGAAACACCCGAUGGGGAGUCAGCCGCAGCCCCGUUCUAA